CCAUACAUACUCGGUUUAUUCAGUUUACAGUCUACUAACCAGCAGUAUACCUUUCAUUAGUCAUCACGGUGGACCGUGUCGCCGUCGUAUAUUUAUUUUAAUGGUUACCAAUAUCAUUUUAUUUAUGCGUUCGGCUUCUUACACUUAUAACCCGGUAUUGGUGCUUAAUACUCGACUCGCAAAAUGUACUGGAAUAUUUACAAUCAACUAACGAAUCCCACGUGAGAACUCAUCAAAUCGCGUACCACCUGUAUAACAAUAAUAAUAUAUUAUAGUAUUAUACACAUAUAUAGUGGGAGAGAAAAAGACAAGAAAAACUACAAAUCAGAGAAAAUGACGAGCGAGCGAAACAUACCACACUUGAGGGACAUAUUCGGCGGGGCCGACGACGACGACGGUCUGCCGGGCGAGCUGCGGCGGUUGGACGUGAAGAGCGACGACCGAAAUUCGUUGGGCGGCGUCAGCGCGGGCGGCACAGACAGCGCCAUAUCGGUGGGCUCGGCCAGCGAAGAGGACUUAUUGCCGGCCAAAGGGUCCAAGAAGAAACGGCAUAAGAGCGGCGGAAGCCGGCAGACCAAGUGCGCGGCCACGUUUGAGGACGACGUGAAGCACCUGGAACGUCAUCUGUCCAUGAAGAAAACCAUCAGGAAGAAAAUCAUGCGAGACCUGCAACAGGCGUUUGUCGAGGACCCGGACGAGUUCAAGGUGGAAAACAUACCGCCAGAGCAGCUCAAGGCCGAGCUCAACUCCAGGAGUCUGAGCUUCGGCAUGCCUGGCAAAAAGAAAGGUAAAAUGAAGUCUGAAUCGAAUUUUCUAGACUUUUUACGUGGUGGAAACGACACGACAAUGACUGGCCGUCGUUACAACGCAGACGAAAGCGAUUCUGGACAUGGGUCACCGACCAGAGAAUUGGACGACGACGAACCGUCGAUACGGAAGCCAAGCUUUUGGAGACGUUUUACCAUAAAGGGCGCGAGGAACAAGCGGUAGGCGCAAAUGUCGUUCGAGCGCAUAAGUAACACUGUGAUCCUUAAAAGUUAAAACCUAUUAUUAUUAUUAUUAUUAUUUUAUAAUUUUUUUUUUUAUAUCACGUAAGAUUGUAUGUGCGUACCUAUGCGGUCUAUUUUCGUCUUGUCAUCCUGAUGAUGCUAUUACCUUCCAUUUUCCGAUGUACAGUCGCUGCUGUGAACUGUCCGAACCAAUAUUUUAAGUGUCAAUUAGACUACUGAUAACAAAUCCUCUCUGAUUUUUUCCUUUGAUUUUACAAGUACAGAUUUACCAUUGGAAUUUUUCUUUGAUAGUCUACGAUGUAUUUUGAUAUAAAAUAUUUUAUUUUAUGUACGUAUGUAUGUAGGUACUUAAUAAACAUGUCAUACUUAAUACAA